AUGGCGUGUAAUAAACGACAACUCAAAAGGUCAAGGUGCAAUAAAUCGAAAGUUUGUUUUGGCGAAAGAACAGGAAAAACACGAGGAGUUGUAUUUGUUAAAAAAUGCGAUGUUCUAGCUUUAAGAAGAAAAAAAGAUUUUAAAGUUAUUAUUGUUGCGUGGACUGACAAACUUAUUAUGUUUCUACGCAAAACUUCGAAAGAUAUAUCUAGCAGCUUCAAAAUAUUAAAGUUUACUUUAUUAGAAAUGAUUAUUGUGACGUUGAUACUUGGAACAUCACCUCAUGUCACCUUCUCACGAAAACAACAGCUAUGUCACGAAAUAGCUCAAUUCACACCCAAUAUGUGUCAAUAUUCGACAGCCCGACGUUACUGUAAACAAUUAUGCAAGAAUCGCAAAGAGUUUCGUAUAGCGGCAAGUUUCAAAGUAAAAAUAUUCAUCUACCCAAGUAACCAUUCCGAAAAUUUAAUUUCUGAAGAUGGAAGUGCUACAGACACAAAUAGAUUUUGUUCUAACAUUUUACCAGUAAAGUAUAUUAAUAAUCAUACUCAAUUUUAUACGAGAAAAAAAAUAGCGAAUUUAAAUUUUUAUGAAGCAUAUGCAGAUUUGCAUCUUCACUGUGGCGAACGUCAAAAAAUAAAGUCGCGUGUUCGCCGUAUCGUAGGUGGUGUAAAAAGCAGACCGGGCGAAUGGCCCUGGCAAGUCAGUCUUCGAAUUAACGGUACACAAUGGUGUGCUGGAUCCAUUUUAUCAGAAAAUUUUAUCCUCACAGCCGCUCAUUGUUUUGAUGCUGUCCACACAAGCUUAAAAGCAGAAGAUUGGUACAUUCAUAUAGGCGAUCAUCACCUCUCAAGAUAUGACACAUCUGAACAGCGAAUACAGGCUAAGAGAAUCAUUGCACAUGCCAACUAUAAUCUAGCUGGUUAUGGAAAUAAACCAAAACAGUGGGCUAUGGGACAUCACGAUAUAGCUCUAAUGCAGCUGAAACAUUCAAUAAAGUUCAACGUAACAACACGGCCAACUGUUUGUCUACCCGACAGGAACAAACGUAUCGACGAUUAUUACAACUGUUACGUAGUCGGUUGGGGCCACACCUCUUAUAAUGGUACGCAACCGGAUGAAUUACGUCACGCGAAAGUUUACACGGUACCGAACUCUGUCUGUAACAUAGAAGUCGCUUACAAUAACUCAGUGAACCCAAAAGAGUUAAUCUGUGCUGGUUAUAAAAAUGGCGGCAUAGAUGCGUGCAACUAUGAUAGUGGUGGAGGACUUGUUUGUAACAAAGAAGAUCGAUGGUAUGCGACAGGAAUCGUGUCUUCCGGUUAUGAGUGUGCGAGGCCGGAUUCGUAUGGUUUGUACACAAACGUAGCCGAGUACAAAAAAUGGAUAAUAAAGAAUAUUCUAAGAAAAGCAGACUGAUAGAUAUGUUAAUUAAUAUGUUAUAAUAUGUAUUAUAGUUCUCAUACGCAAAAUAUGAUCAGCUUUAUAGAUUAAAAUUUUCGCAAGAGUUGUAUUUGCGCGGAUAUUUAAGAGCGCGAAUUAUUUGUAAGCGCGUUUUUAGCACAUGAAAAUGAACUGCGCAUAUGGUAAUGCAUUCUAUCCUAAACUCUAGCACAAUUGAUUUUUUGGGUAAAUUUGGUUCUACUCGAACAGGAAGUCGUUUAAAUGUAUCUACUAGGGAAGCUUUAUCCGUUAGUUGAUGAAAACGCGCGAAAAUAAAACUCACGAAAAUUUUACUUAUAAGGGGGCCAAAGCGACUAGGUUUUCUAUCUUUUCUUUUGUAAAUAAUGUAUUUCACAUGAAAAAUAUUAUCCGUAAAACUAUAGGUGUUGUUUGUCAGUGCCGUGACAAAGUGGUUCUACUUCCUUUAGAUUUGGUAUUGGUAACUCACCCAUGAUAGUUGCUAAUUUCAGAGCGAUAUAAAGAUUUCAUGAAUGAAAGAAUUUUACACACUAGGCCCUUCAAACAAAGGUAAAACCCUUUCGGAAAAGUCGUCCGUUUUUGGAAAAGUAAUUCACUAGUUUGGCCGCAUUUGGUAGGGCCGUCCCAAAACCUUUGUGUUUCCUACAAAAAUGAUCUAAUUUAGUGACUUUCGCUUUGUUGUGUGGCUUGCUCCAUGUAUUUUUUAAUCUCAAACAUUCUCUUUUUCGAAACUCCCUUGCUUUCAACUUUCUUUAUCUGAAAAAAAUUUUCCAGUCCCUUGCGAGUUUGAGGUAAAAAGUCCAAUGUUCUUACAUUAUAUAAGAAUCUCAAUAUAACUUUUUGGGUGAUACCAUUAAGAUAGUUUAUCACAAUCAUAAAUAUCAUGCUGUGGCCAACAUGAGCACAGCGAAGUGAACUUUUUCACUAUAUGAAUAUCUUGUUACAAAGGCUCUAAAAGUUAUGGGUUUACAUUCGCAGAUGUCAAAAAUUUUUCUUCCAAUGUUUGCAAUUUUUAUUUGUGCUUAUUCUGAUAAAAUAGUGCUGACUGAGUGGUUUGUGUUAGCUAUGAUGACAAAAUGACAGGAAGUUUUCUGUUAUUUUUUUGGAACCAAUCAGCUGCAGGGCCUGUUAUGGUUUAGCUGUUCUAAAUAUUAAGUAUUGCAGAUUCGCUAUUCUGAU